UGCUGCAAAAAAAUAAAAAGAAACAAAAACAAAAAUUUCCGCCCAAAUUUCACUUCUCUUCUUGUUCUUCCUUCUUCGUUUCUAGGACUCACUCUUACUCACAAACUUCACCCAAAAUUCUGGCUUGUUCACCGACCACCAAGAAGUGUUCGCCGCCUCUGUCCUCGAACAUCCAUAAUUCCGGUCGGUUUCUUCACGUUGUCCGCCUACCUCCUCUGGGCUUCGUGUUAGGGUUUUCGUCCUUCGCUUUUUGGUUCUCCAGUACUUUGUCGAUGGGUCGACAGCGCCCAACCAUUGUUUAAUUAUAGGGUCCGCCACGGAUCACAGACACCACACUUCUCUCUCCUUCCUCCAAAUUUGCUGCUUCAAUGCCAACUUCUCCAUCAGACGCUCGGCAUAAAAGGCGGAAACCGCGAGGGCCAAAGACCAUGAAACGGCACCAUGGCGGCGACGAGGAAGAAGAAGACGAUGAAGAAGAGAACGAGGUUAUGGCGGAGGCGGAUGAAGAUGAAGACCUCCACCCUAACCCUAAGAAUGCCCAAAUUCCCAGAAAUAGGGCCAUAUCCGAACCCGAGGUGACCUCUGGCAGCGGCGUCCGAAUCUCAGACUUCCCCGUUGCCCUGAAGUAUGACGUGAACUGGCCCCACUCGUGUGUGCUCAAAAUUGCUGCUACUGAAAGAGAUAGAGAAGUCAAGGGGCAGGGGCAGUGUUGGGACGGAGGUGCUGUUUUGGAGAAUAUAUCAUACGGUCAGCUCCAGGUGUCGUCUGCUGUGCCAUCUGAUUGUCCUGCACUGUUGGGUUCAGCUUCAGGGGAUCAAGAGAGUCCGGUUGUGCUUACUCCGCCUCCCAUUAGGGAAGGUAGGGGCGUGGUUAAGAUGUUUUGGGACAGGCACCAUGUUCUCCCCUUUCACGCCGAGUGGUUUCAACCAACAUCAGUGCACAGAUUGGAAAGACAAGUGGUGCCACAUUUUUUUUCUGGCAAGUCCGCUGAACACACCGCUGAGAAAUAUCUGGAUUGUCGUAAUUUAAUCAUUGCCAAAUACAUGGAAAACUCGGAGAAGAGGCUGUCUAUUGGGGAUUGCCAAGAAUUGGAUGUUGGUGUUGAUAACGAAGAUAUUAGUAGGAUAUUUCGUUUCCUUGACCACUGGGGCAUUAUUAACUAUUGUGCUCCGUUGCCUCCUCACGAGUCUUGGAGUAUUCAGUCAUAUCUGAGAGAGGAUCGAAACGGAGAAGUUCACGUGCCAUCAGCUAUGUUGAAGUCCAUUGAUAGUCUUAUCAAUUUCGACCUUCCAAAGUGCAGUUUGAAAUCUUGUGAUUUGUCCUCGUCAUUGUCAUUAACUCCACCUGAUCUUGCUGACCUGGACAGUAGAGUACGGGAGAUGUUAUCAGAAAAUCACUGUAAUUUUUGUUCUCGGUCCCUGUUCGUUUUGUGUUAUCAGUCUGUUAAGGAGGCUGAUACAAUGCUAUGUUCAGAAUGCUACCAUGAAGGGAGGUUUGUUAUUGGUCAUUCAAGCAUGGACUUCAUUAAGAUAGAUCCCACAAAGGAGUGUGGUGAUCAUGAUGGGGAUAGUUGGACUGAUCAGGAAACACUUCUACUCCUCGAGGCACUUGAAAUUUACAAUGAUUGCUGGAAUGAAAUAGCCGAGCAUGUUGGAACUAAGUCAAAGGCACAAUGCAUUCUCCACUUUCUUCGUUUGCCCAUAGAGGAUGGCUUACUAGAAAAAGUGGAAGUUCCAAGUUCCUCUGGUCAAACUUAUGGGCUGGUCAAGUACAGUCAUGAUGGAUCCUAUCUGAAUGAAAAUGGCAUCUCUUCAGGACCCCGUGAGCAUGAUUGUGAUUCUGAAAAUAAGUUUCCAUUUCUAAAUUCUGAAAAUCCUGUCAUGGCUCUGGUUGCUUUUUUAGCUUCUGCUGUAGGUCCUAGGGUUGCUGCUGCUUGUGCUCAUGCUUCUUUGGCAGCCCUUUCAGAGGAUGAUCGAUCAUUGCAUGGUAAUAGGGAGGAUUCGGAUGAUGGUCUUGUAGAAUUCAGAGAGUCCAGUCAGCAGAAAGACAAUAUUAAUGCGGAAGCUUCUUCACUACCUGCUGAGAAAGUCAAACUUGCUGCAAAAGCUGGUCUUGCUGCUGCAACAAUGAAAGCAAAAUUGUUUGCAGACCAUGAAGAGCGGGAGAUUCAGAGGCUAUCUGCUAAUAUUAUAAAUCAUCAGUUGAAGAGAUUGGAAUUGAAGCUGAAGCAAUUUGCUGAAGUGGAGACCUUAUUAAUGAAGGAAUGUGAACAAGUAGAGAAAACAAGGCAAAGGCUUGCUGGGGAAAGAGCUCGUGCUUUAACAGCUAGAUUUGGAUCCAGUGGAGUUGCUUCACCUAUGAAUUUACCUGGUGUUGCUCCUCAAGUUAAUAAUAAUAAUAACAAUAAUAAUAUCAACAACAGCAGACCACCAGUUAUAUCAGCAUCACCUUCACCACAACCUAGUGUUUCUGGUUAUUCCAAUAGCCAAAUGAGCCAUCAACAAAUGUCAAUGUUACCCCGUCAGCAAAUGUUCACUUUUGGGCCCCGCCUACCGCUUUCAGCCAUACAACCUUCUUCCUCGGGGCAUCCUUCAGGUGUUAUGUUUGGUGCACAAGGGAGUGGCCAAUCUUCUUUGAGUCAUCCUAUGUUGAGACCUGUACCGGGGACGAGUACAGGCAUGGGCUAAGGUUCAUGGCAAGAGAUCUAUAUUUGAUUUUCGUGAUCUGUGCACGCUCAUUCUUCUCUCAGGCCGUGACGAUGCCUAUGUUUGGGGGCAGAUUCUUCAACUUUGAUUUCUGCAGUGGUUGGGAAUAUGUGGUUGGACCUUUUGGGUCGAUUUGCAAUUAGUUGUGGUAGCAGUUGGCGGCUAUUCUUUUCUUGUUUCUCGUUUUCUUCUGGCUUUCCCUGUUUAGUGUUUACCUCCUUGAAGUCAAGAAUUGUAGAGCUGAUUGGAAAAAAGGUGAUUUUUUUACUGGACUGCAGUUGCAUUGGAAUCGUGACUUUAAAACGCUGUAGACAAUCCUCUUGGAGAAAUAUGAUAAGAAUAAUUGGUGAUAGAAA